CCUAUAUUCUGUUUCUCUAUUCUAUAUUCUCUAUUUCCUACAAACGAAGAUGACGCAUCUGACAAAAUUGGAAUUUGAUCCUCUUGAAAUUUCUGGCAAGAACUAUUUGAGCUGGGUUCUUGAUGCUGAAAUUCACCUCAUGGCCAACAACCUUGGAGAUACCAUUACAGUUAGCAAUAAGUCAUCUGUGCAUGAUCGAGCCAAGGCUAUGAUUUUCUUGCGUCAUCAUCUUGACAAGAGCCUAAAAGAUGAGUACCUUACGGUGAAAGACCCGUUUGAGCUUUGGGAAGCAUUGGCUGAUCGAUUUGCCCAUCAAAAAAUCAUUGUUCUACCUAGAGCACGGUAUGAAUGGACGCACUUGCGCCUUCAGGACUUCAACUCUGUCACUGAUUUCAAUUCCGCCAUGCAUCGGAUUACCUCCCAACUAAAAUUAUGUGGAGAACCUGUCAGUGAAGAUAGCAAGCUCGAAAAGACUUUUUCGACUUUUCAUGCCACAAACAUGAUUCUGCAACAACAAUAUCGAGAGCGAGGAUUCAAAAAGUAUGCAGACCUCAUCUCAUGUCUUUUAGUGGCGGAGCAAAAUAAUGAGCUCCUAAUGAAAAACCAUCAGUCUCGCCCUACCGGGUCUCAACCCAUACCUGAGGUGAAUGCUAUUUUCACUGGUGGUCAUGCCAAUAGACAUGGCAACAAGCAUGGCAAUACUAGUGCUCGUGUUAAGGGACGUGAUCGUCAAAGACCUAAUGGUCAAGGCCGUGGAAGCAUUAACCAACGAUUGGGUCCAAAGAAAAAUGCCAAAAUCCACAAAGGCAAGGGUCAGAUGAACAAAUCCCCCAAGAACAAUGAAAGCUUUUGCACCAGAUGUGGUUGCAAUGGCCAUUUUUGGAAAACUUGUCGCAUGCCAGAUCAUUUAGUGGCGCUUUACCAAGCUUCUAUCAAAGGCAACAAAGUUGAAAUUAACUAUAUCGAUCAGUCAGAUCCUUGGGAUUCAUCUGAGCCAUUGGAUACCACUCCACUCGACAUCUCUGAUUUUUUUGUGGACAAUGGACAACAUAUUGAUGACAUGAUCAGCGGCGGUGUUCUUGGCACCGAUUAAUUUGAAGCCUAUGUUUAGGCAUUUUAUCUAUCUAUCUUUAUUUUGUUUUGUCAUUUUUAUUUGUUUUUCCUUAUCUAGUUUUUCAUGGUUGUAUUUUCUGAUUUGAAAUUUAAUAAAGGACAUUUUUUAAGCAUAUAUAUUUAUGUUCAAUUAUGUAAUUAUCUUUAAUUACGUUUUUCACUAUGAAUUAUGUUGACCAUGGAUUACGUUUU